AAAUGAAGAAGUUUAAUUUCCGAAAAGUUUUGGAUGGCUUAACUGCCUCCUCCCCUGGCAGUGGUAGCAGCAGUGGCAGUAACAGUGGCGGUGGGGCUGGAAGCGGUUCCGUGCACCCUGGAGGGACUGCAGGGGUUCUCAGAGAGGAGAUUCAGGAAACCCUGACUUCAGAGUAUUUCCAGAUUUGCAAGACAGUUCGGCAUGGUUUUCCUUAUCAGCCUACCGCAUUAGCCUUUGAUCCAGUUCAGAAAAUCUUGGCUAUUGGGACAAGAACAGGUGCUAUAAGAAUACUCGGGAGACCUGGUGUUGAUUGUUAUUGCCAACAUGAAAGUGGUGCAGCUGUCUUGCAGCUCCAAUUCUUAAUCAAUGAGGGUGCUUUGGUCAGUGCAAGUUCAGAUGAUGCACUUCAUUUGUGGAACCUUAGACAAAAAAGACCAGCUAUUCUACAUUCUCUUAAAUUUAAUCGAGAACGAAUUACUUACUGUCAUCUACCUUUCCAGAGUAAAUGGCUCUAUGUUGGAACAGAAAGAGGAAAUACACAUAUUGUAAAUAUUGAAUCUUUCAUUCUUUCUGGAUAUGUUAUCAUGUGGAACAAAGCAAUUGAACUAUCCACAAAGACUCAUCCAGGUCCGGUUGUACAUUUAAGUGAUAGCCCAAGAGAUGAAGGGAAACUACUAAUUGGUUAUGAAAAUGGUACUGUAGUACUCUGGGACUUGAAAUCUAAAAGGGCAGAACUGAGAGUUUAUUAUGAUGAGGCUAUUCAUUCAAUUGAUUGGCAUCAUGAAGGCAGACAGUUCAUGUGCAGUCAUUCAGAUGGGAGUUUGACCUUGUGGAACCUGAAAAGUCCAAGUCGUCCUUUCCAGACCACAAUUCCACAUGGAAAAAGUCAAAGAGAAGGAAGAAAAUCUGAAUCUUGUAAACCAAUCCUUAAAGUAGAAUACAAGACCUGUAGAAACAGUGAGCCAUUCAUAAUAUUUUCUGGUGGACUGUCCUAUGACAAAGCUUGUAGAAGACCAAGUUUAACCAUCAUGCAUGGAAAAGCAAUUACAGUACUUGAAAUGGAUCAUCCCAUUGUUGAAUUUCUAACUUUAUGUGAAACACCCUAUCCAAAUGAAUUUCAAGAACCUUAUGCUGUUGUAGUACUUCUGGAGAAAGAUCUCAUUGUAGUUGAUCUGACACAAAGCAAUUUUCCAAUCUUUGAAAAUCCGUAUCCUAUGGACAUUCAUGAGUCACCAGUUACGUGUACUGCAUACUUUGCUGAUUGUCCUCCGGAUUUGAUUCUAGUUCUCUAUUCUAUAGGAGCCAAGCAUAAAAAACAAGGGUACAGUAAUAAGGAGUGGCCAGUCAGUGGAGGCACUUGGAACCUUGGAACACAAACAUAUCCAGAAAUUAUUAUUACUGGUCAUGCAGAUGGAUCAGUAAAAUUUUGGGAUGCUUCUGCAAUAACUCUGCAGAUGCUGUACAAGCUAAAAACUUCAAAAGUAUUUGAAAAACAGAAGGUAGGCGAAGGAAAACAAACAUGUGAAAUUGUAGAGGAAGAUCCAUAUGCCAUUCAGAUGAUUUACUGGUGUCCAGAGAGCAGAAUAUUCUGUGUAUCAGGUGUCUCGGCAUAUGUCAUCAUUUAUAAAUUCAGCAGACAUGAAAUUACGACAGAAAUAGUGUCAUUAGAAGUCCGGCUUCAAUAUGAUAUUGAAGAUAUUAUUACCCCUGAACCAGAAACAAGUCCUCCGUUCCCAGAUCUCUCAUCCCAGCUUCCCUCAAGGAGUCUGUCCGGGAGCACUAACACUGUGGCUAGUGAAGGAAUAACAAAAGACAGUAUUCCUUGCCUCAAUGUUAAGACCCGUCCAGUGCGGAUGCCUCCAGGGUAUCAAGCAGAACUUGUUAUUCAGUUGGUGUGGGUGGAUGGUGAACCUCCUCAACAGAUCACUAGUCUUUCUGUAAGCUCUGCCUAUGGAAUUGUUGCCUUUGGGAACUGCAAUGGGCUAGCUGUGGUGGAUUUUAUGCAGAAGACAGUACUGUUAAGCAUGGGAACCAUUGACCUAUACAGAUCAAGUGACCUAUACCAACGACAACCACGCUCUCCUCGAAAAAAUAAGCAGUUCAUUGCAGGUUUAACUGAGCUGAAUGACACUCCAGUACCCCUGGAACUUGAGCGAUGCAAGUCUCCUACUGCAGACCAUGUAAAUGGACACUGCACAAGUCCAACCUCUCAGAGUUGCAGUUCUGGAAAACGUCUUUCUAGUGCUGACGUUACAAAAAUAAAUCGCUGGGGUGGGAGACCACCAUUUCGAAAGGCACAAUCAGCUGCUUGCAUGGAGAUUUCUUUACCAGUUACAACAGAAGAAAACCGAGAAAAUUCUUAUAAUCGUUCCAGAAGCUCUAGUAUCUCCAGUAUUGAUAAAGAUUCUAAGGAAGCAAUUACAGCCCUGUAUUUCAUGGAGUCCUUUGCACGGAAAAAUGACUCUACCAUCUCCCCUUGUCUGUUUGUGGGAACUAGUCUGGGAAUGGUGUCAAUCAUCUCUCUAACCCUCCCGUCAGCAGAUGAACAAAGGGUUACAGAGCCAGUCGUGGUACUGCCAAGUGGUACAUUGCUCUCAUUGAAAGGAGCUGUGCUAACAUUCUCCUGCAUGGACCGAACUGGUGGAUUAAUGCAGCCGCCAUAUGAAGUUUGGAAGGACCCAAACAAUAUAGAUGAAAAUGAAAAAUCUUGGAAAAGAAAACUGGUCAUGAACUCCCCCUCUCCAUCCCAAGAAAUAGGAGACCAUCAGUAUGCAAUCAUCUGCUCGGAAAAACAAGCCAAAGUCUUCUCUCUGCCUUCUCAGAUUUGCCUUUAUGUUCAUAACAUCACCGAGACAUCUUUUAUACUGCAAGCAGACGUGGUGGUCAUGUGUAACAGUGCCUGCUUGGCAUGCUUUUGUGCCAACGGGCAUAUCAUGAUAAUGAGCCUACCUAGUCUUCGGCCAAUGUUGGAUGUUAAUUACUUACCACUGACAGACAUGAGGAUAGCACGGACAUUCUGUUUUACCAAUGAAGGACAGGCACUGUACCUUGUCUCUCCUACUGAAAUUCAGCGGUUAACAUAUAGCCAAGAAAUGUGUGAUAAUCUACAGGACAUGCUAGGAGAAUUGUUUACUCCAAUAGAGACACCAGAAGCUCAAAACAGAGGAUUUCUCAAGGGACUGUUUGGUGGAAGUGGACAAACAUUUGACAGAGAAGAACUCUUUGGGGAAGCAGCCGCAGGAAAAGCAUCUCGAAGCCUUGCCCAGCACAUCCCUGGACCAGGUGGCAUAGAAGGGAUGAAAGGCGCCGCUGGAGGGGUGAUGGGAGAGCUGACGCGUGCACGGAUUGCACUUGAUGAAAGAGGACAGAGGCUAGGGGAGCUGGAAGAGAAAACUGCAGGCAUGAUGACCAGCGCAGAAGCAUUCUCCAAACAUGCACAUGAGUUAAUGCUCAAAUAUAAGGAUAAGAAAUGGUACCAAUUCUAAACUUCUAGAGAAGCUGCAACUACUUUCAGAAACCAUUAUUCAGGGAAACCAGAUUUAUUCCCAGCAUCACCAUUCAACUUCUAGAAGUCAGUUUCUUCUACAAAACGUUCCAUUACAGUCCACCUGAAGCAGUCAUUAAGGAGACUAUGAAAGAUACUGUGUGAUUCAAAGGUUGGAGCCCUGGUU